AUGGGGAAACUGUCUGACGGGGGCUGGGAGUUGUGUGAUGAUCCGCUCUACCGGCCCUUGAAGGGCGACUGUCUGGUUUAUUCAUACGGAAUCAAUUUUGAUUACUCCUAUGACGACGAUAUGGCCAGGUACGGGUGUGAGAUUCAUGCAUUUGAUCCAAGCAUGAACCUAGGGCCCCAUCUCCGCGGGGAGCGUGUGUUCUUCCAUCCGUACGGAGUUGGGGCCAGCAACAAGAGCAUCAUCUCGCCCAAGAACGAUCACUGGCAGCUGUAUUCCAUAGAAGAACACCGGAAGCUGCUCCAACACACUCCUAAUCAGAGACGGCUGGACAUUGUCAAGAUGGACGUGGAGGGACACGAAUGGGAGUCCCUGAUGAAAGCACUGGACGAUGGCAGUUUGGCCGAUGUCCGACAGCUGGCCUUUGAGACCCACGUUAGUUGGUCAAAGAGCGAUCCUACAAAAGAAGAGUAUCUGAAGUUCCUGGCUCUGUUCAGAAAAGUAUACCAGAACGGAUUCCGAAUCUACGUCACACACAGGAACUAUCAAUGGAGUGCUUUUGAGAGUUUACUUGUCGAAGGCAAAACUCUGGCGCACUGCCACGAAGUGCACACAAUUAACAUCAACAUUAAAAACACCGUGAAAGACGAUGGGACUGUUGCUGGCGAUGGGGAAGUUACAGAUGCAACGCGGCAAGCCAGACAUAAUCAGCAGCUUGAGUUACUGGAGAAGGAGAAAUUAUGGUAUCAGAAAGUUCGAGCGCCAAAACGGAGAAAUAUAAACAAAG